UAAUAUCAUUUUUUUGAAUUUGGAGUUUUAUCGCUAAAAUGCGCCUCCUCUUGGGAGGCUUCUCAUGGUCUCUUGGGUUUCGAGCUCACCCCUCUCUCUCUUUCUCUCUCUCUACAUUUUCUCUGUGUUAUCUGAAUUGGGUGUUCUCUCUUUGUAGAGCAUGAACAGAGUACACACUUGAGUGACAAAGGCAACAACAACUACAGCAUUUGCAGUUCCUUCAGUGAUCUGUCCUUUUAGCAGUUUUUGCCUCAGUACCAUUGUUUUAUUUUAUUGCAUUUUUGUUUCAAUCUUAUAAUAUUGCAAAAUAUAAAAGAAAAGACCAAGAGGGCUCUCGUGACUAGUUGAAAGGGAACAGUUGAGCUUUGAGCAGACACAUUUUGAUUUUUUAAUUUUGAUUUUUUAAUUAUUUAUUUUUAUUUUAUUUUUAAAAUUUUGAACAUUUUGGGAAAAGGCUCGUUUGGUUGUGGAAAUAUGGAGAUUUUGGACAUGGGUGCUUUUGCUUUUUGCUGUUUUUAUCUUUUUUAAGGUGAUUGGGUCAUUGGAAUGACUGUUCAUGUGGUGGGAAAAAAAGGCAAGAGAUGUGGAGUGUGGAGUGUGGAGUGACUAUGGUUAUGUUCAUUGGAUGAAGAUCUAAAGUUUGGCACAGUAAAAUGGGCAAAAUCUGAAUCAGAUAAAUGAAAAGACUACCCAUCUUUUGAAUUUUGGUGAGAGCUUUUGUUGGGUUUGUGAGUUCUCAGGAUUUGCAAAAUGGGUAUUGUUGUUUGAUGUUCUUUAGUUCUGCUUUGAGGUUUCUGAAUCAAUUUUUAUGUAAAAGUCUAGGAUUAGAAUAAUGGGAAUUUUAAGGUUUUUGGGGCUCUGAUUGUGGUUAUGAAGAUUGUUUUGCUGAAUGAAUUGGGAGAGAACAGGGAAAGCAUGCUGAAUUGGAAAUAAUCUGCAUCAACUUUUUUGGGUUUAGGGAUGAAGAUCAUUGGCAUGAAGAUCAUUUGAACUCAACAAAACCAAAGAAAGUGCACACAAACCGAUUUAGAAUUUGUAAGUUAAGCUAGAUAGCAAAAGCUUUUGUUUACGAUAUCCAUAUUGAAGAAAUGGGCUGUGUUGCUUCAAGAAUUGAUAAAGAAGAGAGGGUAAGGAUUUGCAAGGAUAGGAAGAUGUUAAUGAAACAAUUGGUGGGGUUUAGAGGAGAAUUUGCUGAUGCCCAAUUGACUUAUUUGAGAUCACUGAAAAAUACUGGAGUAACCCUUCGUCAGUUCACCGAGUCGGAGUCAUUGGAACUUGAAAAUACCUCCUUUGGCGACCUUCCUUUGCCUCCCUCACCACCUCCCCCUUUGCCUCCUUCCCCUCCUCCUCCCCCAACUUUUAGCCCAGACUCGAGGAUGUUUGAGGAUAAACAAAGGAUGUUCGAGGAUAAACAAAGGGUGGAAAUUGCCCAAGAAGAAAUCGUAGAGGUUGGUGAGGAAACUAGUUGCACACCGCCGCCUCCCCCAGUUCCUAGCUCAACCUGGGAUUUUUGGGACCCUUUUUCCCCUUCUUCACUUCCUUGUGAAGAGAAGAGAGAAUUUGUAGAACCAAUUGAGGAGGAAAAUUGGGCAGAGGCCAACGCUGAAUUUGAGGAAGAAGAACAAGAGGAAAAUAUUGUUGACAAAAAUGCUGCAAAUCUGCUUCCUGAGAAGCACGAGACCAUUGAGUUGGGUGACGAUAGCUCAUCAAUGGUUAGCUGGCACACUAAAGACACUGCAGAUAUGGCCAUGGUAGUCUGCAGGAGCAAGAAAACAUUGGCAGGUAUUGUUAAGGAGUUAGAUGAUUAUUUCCUGAAAGCAUCAGCAGGUGUCAAGGACAUAGUGAUUCUUGUGGACAUCAAUUCUAGUGAAACUUUCCGUUGGCAGAAUUCAAAAGACAACAAGGAGAGGAGGGGCAGUUCUGCCAAGGUCUUUAAUGCAUUGACGUGGAGUUGGUCUUCUAAAUCACUUCAAUGUACAAGAAGUGCUGCAGAGUUCUGUGGUCCUAGUGAGCCAUGCAGGCCCGGUGCUCAUUGCAUCACACUUGAAAAACUAUAUGCUCAAGAACAGAGACUCUACAAGGAUGUUAAGGAUAAAGAGAUUACUAAGUUAGAGCAUGAGAAGAAAUCCUCACUCCUCCAAAAGCAACAGGAUGAAGACCACGACUGGACGAAGACUGAGAAAACUCGAUUUAUUGUUGAGAGUUUGCAGUCUGACAUAAUACAUUUGGAAGAAUCAAUUAGUAGGUCUUGUUCGUCCAUAUCAGAGCUUAUAGUUGAAGAGCUGCAUCCUCAGCUUAUCUCAAUAAUUUCUGGGCUGACGAGUAUGUGGAGAACAAUCUAUGAGUGCCAUCAAGUUCAGAAUCAUAUAUCCCAGCAAGUGAGUCAUCUCACAAAUCAGCAAAGCGUCGAACCAACUACUAAUUAUCAUCGCCAGGCUGCAGCUCAGCUAAAAACAGAGGUUAAUUCAUGGUACAAUAGCUUCUGCAAACUUAUAAAAGCUCAAGGAGAGUAUGUAAGAGCUCUCUGCAGGUGGAUACAACUCACUGAGUGCUUUGCAGAGGACUCUCAACAGAGUGGUAGCUCAUCUGCAGUGCAUACCCUUUGCGAAGAAUGGCAGCUGACCCUUGACAGGCUCCCGGAUAAGGUAGCAUCAGAGGCCAUUAAGACCUUUUUAUCAGUUGUACAUUCUAUAGUCUUGCAGCAGGAAGAAGAACUCAACCUGCAGAAAAAAUCGGACAAGCUUGAGAAAAGACUGCAAAGGGAGUUAAGUUCUCUGUCUGAAAUGGAGAUGAAGCUCGAGGGAAACUUUAAUGUGGAAGAUGCGAAUUCCAUUUUGAAUCCAAAGCAUCCUUUAUCAGUCAAGCGCGCUAAAGUUGAGGCUCUGAAAAAACGAAUGAAUGACGAGAAGGCCAAGUAUCAUCAUUCAGUCCAGGUUACCCGAGCCAUGAUUCUGAAUAACCUACGAACAAGCCUCCCCAAUGUGUUCCAGGCACUAAUGGGAUUUUCAAGUGCCUAUGCACAGACCUUGGAGGCCAUUCUUGGUCGUGCCAAACCAGUAGAUUGUGAUGUACCAUUCAGCCCAACAGCAAACAUGUUGAACUUUUAAGUUGAUGAGAUGUAGUAGCGAGUUGUCAGAUCUUGUUUAAGAGUUCCGGUUUUGUGUUCUGAUUCUGAUUCUGAUUCUGGUUCUGGUGCCAAGUUUACCAAGAUGAUGCUUCAGAACUUUAAUGGGAUUUAUGUAUAUUUCUCGAAAACUAGAACCUUUUUGGAUGAUGAAUGAUAAAUUUGAUAGUAUUCAUCAGUAUUGAAAACAUCAAUGGUGAAAAAUAGUAUUCGGAGACUCAGGGUUCUGAAA